CUUAUUAACUAGAUCUCCAUCUCAGCUGGCUGUUACAUGCAUACGGAUUUUACACUAUCUCCCGUAACACCAAUAAUACCAUUGCUCAGCUACGAGUAUUUUCAUAGAUACUUCGAAUGAGAGCGCCGUAUCGAGUAGUAUUUCUAGGCUUAGACAUGCGGCGGCAAGUCGAAUUACUCUUUCUAAUAUCCGAAGUCAAGUGAGAGACCAAUCAUGACAAAUGACAUCUCUCUUAGGUUUCACAGUUCAAUUCUAGGGCCGGUUCAUCCUUCAAGGCGUAUCUUUCGAGAUGUUCUCUUUUCUAAUUCAAAGGUCCCAACCAAGGAUGGGGAUAUAUAAAAGGGUAGUCUUGUCCCUCCUUCUAGGGAGAUAGUCUAUCAGUUCCAAAACACAAGAAAUAUCAAGUACCGAUUCUGGCUUCAUUCUGCCUACGUUAACACUUAAACGUCUCUACACCAUCACAAUACUCAACAAUGGCACAACUUCCACCAUCCAUCCAGAAAAGCCUCGACGAGACUAAGGUCGACUAUGUCAGGCUCGGUUCUUCAGGAUUACGUAUUUCUACGCCCAUCCUAGGUGCUAUGUCCCUUGGCUCUAGUCAUUGGCUACCUUGGGUGCUAGACGAAAAUGAAUCUAUUGAGGUUCUCAAAGCUGCCUACGAUAGAGGCCUCAACACGUGGGAUACGGCUAAUGCGUAUUCCAAUGGCCUCAGCGAGGAUGUAAUCGGCAAGACGCUCCGGAAAUACUCGAUUCCGCGCGAGAAAGUGGUGAUAUUGACGAAAUGCUUCCUUCACGUUGGAGAAGAAACGGGAAUAUUCACUGCUCCGUUCGGCCCAAUUCUCCACCAGACGAAGGACUAUGUUAACCAGGGAGGACUCUCCCGCGCGGCCAUCUUCAACUCCGUAGAAGCCUCCCUCAAACGUCUAGGAACGAGCUACAUCGACCUGUACCAAAUCCACCGCUUCGACUAUGACACUCCGAUCGAAGAAACCAUGAAAGCACUCCACGACCUAGUGCAAAGCGGCAAGGUACGCUACAUCGGCGCGAGCAAAAUGUGGGCCACGCAAUUCGCGCGCAUGCAAGCCGUCGCCGAGCGAAACGGUUGGACCAAGUUCAUCAGCAUGCAGAAUUACUACCACCUAUGCUACCGCGAGGACGAAGCUGAGAUGAACCGUUUCUGCAACGACACCGGUGUGGGUAUCAUUCCGUUCUCGCCUAAUUUCGGUGGGAAACUGGCGCGUCCUUUAGGUCAGGAAUAUGACUCGGCGAGAGCGAAGACGCCUGGUCCUGUGCCUAUAGAACUUACGGAUGCGGACCAGGAGAUUAUUCGUCGCGUGGAGAAGUUAGCGAGUGAGAAGGGUUGGAAGAUGAGUCAGGUUAAUCUUGCGUGGCAUCGCGCGAAGGGUACUGUGCCGAUUGUUGGGUUUAACUCGGUAGCUAGAAUCGACGAGGCGUGUGGUGCGCGUGGGAAGACGCUGACGGCUGACGAGGUGAAGUUCCUUGAGGAGCCGUACGUCCCGAAAGCCAUUGUUGGACAUACUUAAGUAAAGAAAACGGGAUUAGUACAGGCGGUGGA